UAUUGUUUUUAAAGAUAUUGCCCUGGCUUUGUAGGUGGGUGUGGCGUGGCGUGGUCACUAGUCUGGAUGGUCUGUAUCCAUGACAACCCCAAGCAUCAUCCUAGGCUGGGGAAGAGGGAGAGAGAACUCUUCAUCGCUGACAAUUCCGUCACUUACCGCCAUGAUGUUGAGACGAAGAUUAUUCCAUGGAGAGAUAUUCUAACGUCCUUUCCGGUGUACGCCAUCCUCGUCGGCUCCUUCUGCCGGAAUUGGAUCGUCGCCAUGUUGAUAACACAGCAGCCUCAGUACUUUGAAGAGGUUUUCCACAUGACCACAGCUGAGAUCGGGUUUCUAUCGGCUGUACCCCACGUUUUGAUGGCAGCAGUGGUGAUAAUGGGUGGUGUCGUUGUCGACAACCUGAUCAGCCGAAAGGUGUGUUCAACAACGGUGGCCAGGAAGCUUUCAGAAACAAUUGGGUUCGGUGUGGAGGCAGUCUGCGUGAUGGCCAUAGUGUUCGUAGAAGACUGGAAAGCUGCUUUCCUUCUGCUCUGUGUGGGGGUCGGCUUCAGUGGCUUAGCAAUCUCCGGGUACCAGGUGAAUCCACUUGACCUAGCCCCCAAGUUUGCCAGCGUGGUAACAGGUCUAGCAAGGACUGGACUACUUGGUGCCAUCCUCAGCACACUGACCGCCUACUUCGCUAGGAACAUGGUCUCUGACGCCGAUGUUCCCAUGGCGUGGAAACGACUCUUCAUCGUCGCCGCCUUCAUCCACUUCGCUGGCGUGCUCUUCUACGCUGUCUUUGCAUCAGGGAAACGACAGCCUUGGUCAGGGUCACCGUCAUCGACGUCAGUCGCCACUACUCAUCCAAUCACAUGUCAUUACGACGGUUAUGACGAGACCACGAGACUGUUAAGGAGACCCGUAAACCAUCGUCGAUCCCAUGUCCUGGUUUCCGACCUUGAUGAAUAUGGUUCAACAACUAGGUUUCUCAAUACUAUAUGAUAAUAUUAUAUAUAUGUAAUAAGAAAUUAUGUUGCACCCACAAAUCUGUGGACGAGAUAAAAUAUAAAACAUUUAAAUAGA